CUUCAUAUCAGUUCUUAUCAAUCAUCGUUCCUUAGAUUUAAAUAAAGUCAUGGCGCUGCAAAGGCCCAGGAUUACAUUCUCCACUGUCCUGACUCCAGAUGGAUCCCAUCACCAGCAGUCUCACCGUUCUUCAGCUCGUUCAAAUGAUAGGGCAAGCUUCAGCUCUUUUGUUAGGAUAUGUUGCUUCCGUGCGCAACGCCGACUUGUCUUGCCGGAGCCUGCUUAAUGAGCUCAGCUCAAUCGGCGGAGUCCUGACCACUGUGGUGGACAUUGAGAAAUAUGGCUCUCUUCCAGACAAUCUCCGUCGCGCAUUUUCGAUUUUGAUAGCUGAUGAUGGACCAGUCGCAAAAUUACAGGUGGACUUGAAGAAGAUCCUACCAAACGAACAGGAAAGCAGGAAGAUGAAGACGAUGACUAGAUUGACAUGGCCAUUCAAGGGAAAGGAAGCAGGAGCAAUCGCCGAUAAGAAGUCGAUCGAGGCAUCAAGAAAGUCGAUUUAGGAAUCCAGGAAGUCGGUCGAGGAGUCCAUGAAG